AAAAACCCACUUUGCCCACAGUUUUCAGGGCAAAAGAGACUUUGUGUGUUGAAACGCAACUAGAGCUGCGAUGAACAAUAUUCUACUAACGACAAGUGACUCCGUCGAAAGGAGACUAAAGAGAACCAUGGCUGGAGGUGUUGUGGUGCUUAAAACGACAUCUGUGCACAUAGGAGUUUUGAUACAUCUCUGCUUCAUAUUGGUCAGUGUUGGAGGAUGGACGUAUGAAUGGAAAGCCGACAAGUUAAUGUCCUGGAAUGAGACAAGAGAGUGGUGUCAACAACAUUAUACAGACAUUGCGAUGGUCCACAAUGAAAAUGUAACACAUUUCCUUAAAGAAAAUGUGAAAAACAUAUCAUCUCCCUACUACUGGAUUGGAAUGCGGAAGAUCAGUGGCACUUGGACGUGGGUUGCCAAUGGACAACCCAUGAAAUAUGAAAACUGGGCACUCAAUGAGCCCAACAACAAGUCUAAUGAAAACUGUGUGGAAUUGUACACCAGCAGGACAGACAAUAGUGGAAAGUGGAACGAUGACAACUGUCAAUUGAAAAAGCAUCCUUUAUGCCAAAAAGCACACUGUCGAAAUCACACAUGCGCUGAUAGAGAGGACUGCAAAGAGCAAGUCAACAGCUUUACCUGUGUGUGUAAACCUGGUUUCUCUGGGCCAAAGUGUGAAACAGUUGUUUCAUGUGAUCCGCUCUCUGUACCACCAUAUGGCAGGAUGAAUUGCUCCGAUCUGUUUGGGAAUCAUUCCCUCAAAUCAAACUGUACAUUUUCUUGUGCUAGUGGUUAUAAACUGUAUGGUACAGCUGAGCUCAAAUGCAAUUCCUCAGGUGUAUGGAACGCACCACUACCUUCAUGUGCAGAGGACUGCAAAGAACAAGACAACAACUUCACCUCUGUGGGUAAACUAGGUUUCUCUGAGCCAAAGCCUGAAACAGCGAAGUGUUUUCCCAUUCUUUUGUUUGGUGGUGGAUUGAUGAACUGCACUGAAGGACAUGACAGCAACAGAUCUGCCUGUAGAGUACAGUGUCCACCUGGACAUUUGCUGCUGGGUUUUGUUGAGUUCACCUGCAGAGCUGAUGGCACGUGGGAGUCUUCAUUUCCAAUAAUGUGUGCAAGUUAUGUCCAUUUUCUGUUUGCUCUUUUGACAUCUGUUGUCAUCUCAGUGUUUUGUGGCUGUUUAUUUUGUUGCUCCAGCUGCAGUAGGAGUAAAAAUGCAGUGAGAUUAAGAACUCAACAAGAAAUGGUGAAUCCAGCAUAUGAAGCAGAACACACACCACUAGAGGGCCCUCUCUGUUCAGCGUAAACAUUUCUAAUCUGGCUGUCUAAACUGGUUUUGACUCAAAUCUUCUGUUCUUUUUCAUUCUAGCUUUGCUUGUGCAAAUAUGAAAUAGUCAAUAAAUGAAAGUCAAUAAUCUCUUUGA